UUUCCACUCUUGACUCUUUGUCCCUCCUCACCACAUCUCGACGACUCCUUCCUCUAUAUCACCCGGUCGCCUACGCUCCUGCAACCACGUCGCGAUGGCCUUCAUCCAACAAGGCCCGAGACGCAGCACUCGAAACUCCGCUGCUGCUCCUCGUGGGCAUGAGGCACCAGCAACCUUAUCGGCAUCGAUCGCCACCACUGACCGUGAUGCUGAUUGGAGCAUUGUAUUUCCGGGCAGAGUAAAAGAUGAGAGUAACGCUCGCAAGCAGUCUUCCAGCCCACAUCAGGGCCAAGAUGAGGGCGAAGACGAUCAGCCGACUGCUGUUCAGCGCUCCACUAUCGCUCGUGCCGCUUCGUCGGCGACGCUUGCUCCUCUCCACGACGGUACUGGAUCAUUCGGCGACGUCGACGCCGGCGCACCGUCCUCAAGCCGCGUCGAGACAUUCGAGUCUGCCCUCCUACUCGACGACGACGCCCAAUCGGAUCUCUACUUCGAGAACGACGAAGACGCCGAGUCAUCUGCUACACCGCCGUCGCUCGGCACAUCCAGUGCAAGGGAGCAAAGCAGCAGUAGUGUCACUCGCAGCCGCAGCCGCAACUUCAGUCACAGCUCGUCGGCAGCACUAUCGAGUCCGCCAUUUGACCAGCGCGAGUUCUUUGGCGGGGAUAGCAACGCUCUCAGUCCUGAAUGGUCGUGGCAAGAAGACGGUAACAGCAGGGUACUCGCGUCGUCAUCCGCCAUCACAGACCGCAGCAAUCGACCCGUCUUUUUCGACUCUGAUUCUGAGAACGACGACGCAGGACCAGCAUAUCGCCAGCAAGGCAAGGCUUCUUCCCCACAGGACGACUCAAGAUACGAGGCGGACCUAGCGGCUGCGCCUUUUGCCAUCUCCGCUGGCCUGCAUCCACGCCGCCCUCGUCGUUUGCAAAGCUCGACGGCAACCUCCGAGAUUAGCGGCAGCCAGGCCUCCGCGGGCUUCAAGCGCAGGCAUCGUCGUCAGCAUCUCGCCGACGACGACAAGGGGAGCGUGAGGAGUAGUAAGAGCAGGCGGAGCGAGAGCUACUGCGGAUCUAACGCGCCCAUCGUCAGCAGGAAGAAGGCAUCCUCCUCAUCUUCAUCGUCGAGGCGGGUCGCGCCAGCACAGUCAGCUGCACCACCUCCGAACAGCAGCCUCAGCAAACGCCAGAAGGCAACGCGGCUACUUGCUCGCCUCUUUGAUGUCGACAAUGAUGUGCUGGAUUGCGUGCUCGAGGAUCAGGGACCACUGGCAGUAUCGCAAGAGGAGCAGGAGCGGGCGAGUCAGAUGCAUCGCCCAUGGCAGGCAGGCUUCGACCAUGAAAGAGAGUAUCCCGCACCGGCAGCAGGAUUCCGCGAGCUGAUCGACGGACGCAUUGUGGAAGACAUCGAUGGCGAGCAGAAGGAGAUUGAGGCGACGCACAAUCCCAUUCUGGAGCUGGCGACAGCAGAUUGGUCCAAUGUGCAACUCCCCACUUCGAACGACCCGCUCUCAUCGGAUGAGCAUCACCUCAGCAACCCUACACUUCAAGGGGCAAUCCGUCACGCCUUUCUGCAUCUAUGCGGGCCAUCUUCAGGCGGCGAAGGACCGACGACAACGUCUUCUGUCAUCCUGUCAAGCACAGUCGAAGCCCUCCAAGGAGCUAUGCCGUACUUUGUCCCCUUUAGCUGGCGGCUGCUCAUGCGCGUCAUGAAGGAGUGGAAUGGAUCCAACCAGACAGGAGCAGAUGCGCUCAGCAUUGAAGACCAGAACGUGAAGGGCAAGGACCAGCAGAGCGAAGAGCAAGUAUUGCAUCGACGCCAACGGCAAGCCUCGAUCGCCUCCACUACGGGCACGGCUUCACUAACGCACAACGAGGUGGCGAGCCUCGAGGACUCCACUUCGGGCAAGACAUCGAGCGAUAAGGUCGAAGAGUGGAGAGAGCGCAGUAGCAGCACAGCUUCUCUAAUGACAACUACGAGCUCGAGAAUGAGGGGCAGAGCAAGGGAGAGGAGAGCGGUCGCGGGCGCGGAAGAAUCGACGUGGACCCUCGCGACUUCUAGUGGAGAAUAAGGGGCGGAUUCACAUCAAAAUAGAUAGAUUGGCAGCGACGUUGGCAGCGGCACCAUAGCAUGCAUGACACCUCUCAAUUGAAAACGGCGACAUUUUAGUGAUGAAAUUGACG